GCGACAGCGACACCUGCUGACCUGUUGUCAAUUGUCCCUGGAACAGCUGAGCACAACUCACUCACUCACUCACUCACUAAUGCCGCUGAUCCUGGCCCGGCACUGGAUUAAAGUCGGGCGUGGCUUGCAGAUCUCCGGGUGGCUGUGCUCGCUUGUGGCGUGCCGUUCCCCGCACUGGAGCCUUUAUCCUCUCAAAAGGCAGGAGGCCUACGCUACCGGUACUACCGAGAACUCCAAGACAGUUGAGAGCCUCACUUAAAGUUCCAUCCAAGACGUGGCACCAGCGACCGCUCCCUUGGAUACGGGCUGGGGCCAUUGAAACGCCGAUAGCUACCCUUUUCAAGGUCUGCUGGUUUGAGGGUUGCCUAGUUCUUCUCUAGUCACCCACAAAAAUUUACCCUAGGUCCGAGAACCCAAGGCCGAUGCAAACAGUCUAAGCGAAACCCGUUUUGCCUCACCUGUACUGUACACUCACCUUACUUACACCCCAUAACUCGUUGUCUAUACGUUGGCCACAUAACAUAGCCGUGACUCAAGCCUCGUUGUAUCCCUGGAAGAAUGUCUUUGGUGAUAUCCAAGCGGAAUACGUUUCGGCCAUGAAAUGACCCCGAGUCUCUGCGUGGAGCAGACCAACGAAUCCAAGGAUUGCCGACGGAAGCAAAGCCUUCCCUAGUCCUCAUUCACGAGUCAAUGGCACUUCGUUGCUAGGAAACACGGUGUUCAGGGGCAGGUUGACUGAUGCGGACUCGAAGACCAGUCAAAGUAUUCUACUGUACCGUCGACUAUGACUCUAUCAAAUCCCCUGUAUGUCUCUCGGGAGAUAACGUCCAGUCGUUUACAGGACAAUAAUAACACUACACACAGCUACAGCUAUAUCGGCUCUCCUGUCUUGUCAUAUCACAAUCACUACCCCUCACGCCCUCAGGUCUGCGUCCACGCCGCGUGAUAUCCAAUCCGCAAUGGCCAUAAUGGUGAUCAUGGGAUUCACGCCACUGGCGCUGGGAAACACGCUCCCAUCUGCGACGUAAAGGUUACCCGUGCCCCAGACCCUUCCCUUCUCAUCAACCACGCCCUCGUCGCUGCUCGCGCUCAUGCGGCACGUGCCCAUCUGAUGGGCUGAGCUCCAAGGGGCCGUCGGUGGUUUGUUGCCCACUUCGCGGACGGUGCUGAGCCAGGAGGCAAAGGCUGGGUCAGUGGUCUCUGGAUCGGCCACUGAGCCUUUGGAGUCUAGCGAAUGCUCCGAGGACGUCUCUCCCUUGCGCACAAAGGGUUCCAGACCCUUGAGAAGAGGACGUAUCUCGACUGCUCCCGUGACAUAGCAUAUCUUGGCCAGAGCCUCAACUCCCUGGAUGGUAUGGGCUCGAUCAUAGUCCGAGGGAGUAUAAUCAAUGCGAGGUCGACCAGUCGUGGGGUCUGGAAAGACGCUGCCUGCGUCACGAUCUCUGGUCAACGAUAUCCAGGCAUUCAUGUGACGCAACUUUGUCAUAUGGAGUUUUGCAUCUAGGCCGCUGGUCCAUGAUGCUUGCGACAGAAUUGUGAAUGGCUAUGGCGAGUCAGGAUGAUUCGACGACAAUACUGGAUUCGUUACUCACCACCAUGCACGUCGUUUCCAGCUUCGUUCCGUAUCCACUACCGUCGACGUUGUCAAACUGGGGACAGUAGCUGGUGAUAAUGCCCCCCUCCCAAGGUAUCGUUUCCUCCUUCCAUACUGCUGUGACAAAGUUGCAAGGAUGGAGGUGCAGAUUAGCUCCCACAUUCGGAUUCUAGACAAAGUUAGCCAAUAACCUUUAUUCACUGCGGACAGGGACACGUACAGUAAUACCGCUGUUCUUGAGGACGAUCGGGCUCCAUAACGAGCCGGCUGCAAGGAUUACCUUCUUGGCCCUGACUAUGACCUGUCUCUUGAUUCUGUUGUUCGCGUCAUUCAAGUCACCUGCACUAUCCCUCGACACCCACUCUCCCUCGAUGCCAAUGGCAGUCUGCCCGUCAUAAUCAAACAGGAUCUUGUCGACCUGAAAUCCUUCCAUGAACUGAGCGCCGGCCUUGGCAGCAUCCGGUAACCAGCUCACAGCUGGCCCUCGCUUUUCGGCCAGGCCACAGCCAAGGUGACACUGGCCACAGAAGUGCUCCCUCCCUCCCGUGUUGACGGGAGCUGGACGUGCCGUCCAGCCGAGCUUGCUUGAGCCAUUUAGAAGCACUCUGUUUCGGUGAUUGUGGCGUAUCUGGUCAGUGCCAGCCCCUUGAAACUCCCACACACGGUCUAGACACUCGUCGAACUCUGUGGAUGUGAAGAAAGGAAGGCCCUCAUCCGCCCAUUCCUCUCGCACAAAGUCUUGAGGCUUGAGACAUACGCUCCAGUUGACGGUACCUCCUCCACCCCAUGCACUGCCAGAUGUGACGGUACAGCCAGAGUCUUCCGUCAUAAAGAAGCCUGCGUUGUCGUAGAGAUGAGCACAGGCCGCAUCCUGAGCCAUGGGGAGGUGUGUUGAAGGAUAGUGAUAGGCCUUAUCCACGACAAUGACUUUGUGGCCAGCCUCUGCUAGAUUCUUGGCACAUACACCUCCGCCGCAGCCGGAACCGAUAAUGACGACGUCGGUCUCUAUGGCAUGUGCGUCGUCCCCGGGGCCGAUCUGGAGAAAGUCAUAGUCGAAGGUUUCCUUUGGUUGCCAGUCCUUUGGGGUAUCUGAGUAACCCGAGAGCUGGUAGAGAGCCGAACUGGUUUGAGAAUAUGCCUUGAAAGACAUGGCAGACAUCGUUUUGGCCAGAGCGGACCAGCGAUCCUUGGGGGAUGUGGCCCAUGAUUUGAGGAUAGCUUCGCGGACGUGGGUGGGCUGGUUGUAUAUUGGUUGCCAGUAGCCGGUGAUGAAGUAGCUACCAGGACGGGUGCUUGAGAAAAAAACUUAGUGACGCGAAACAAAUGGAAGCAUGGCCCGUCUAGUUGUACUCACGACAUCAAGCUCAAUAACCCGGCAAGGCGCUUGAGUUGGUCGGGCGGGGAUAUGGCCAGGGUCCUCAUGAGGUUAUCUCUAAAGCGAGCAUCAUUGACAGGCCUAUCACGGAGAAAGGCACGGAUAUUGUCUCUAGUGGCUGGGGCUGCCAGAGCCUCGGCACUACGAUCGAGGACAGCAUUGACUUCAUGGUCUGGAAGCUGAAUCUGACCUUGAUCGUCGGUCACAUCGGACUCUGAGGUGAUGGAGGGCAAGACACCGUCGACAAGUGCAAAGAAGACGUCCCAUUGAAUAGGAGAAAAGAAGUCGGUUGGUGGAGCAUCGGGCAAAGCUGUGGCAAUAGGAGCCUGAGGAAGAGGAGAAAUCGGUUGUGGAACGGUCAUGAUAUGAUGAUGGUCAAAAUGAGGGAAGCAGUUGGACGAGGAGAGAGUUUGAGACGAUCCUGUCUCACAUUCGCUUCACACAAGACCAAGACAUUCAUUGACUUAUGUACGAAUGAGACCAGCAGUUGAAGAGAGAACGUCUGGCCCGUGCCACUAGGGGACUUUAGGUGACCCGGGCCUGGGGGGGGGGGGGUUCACUAGGCGAGUUGGCCAAGCUGGGGCAGUCAGGGAGAGCAAGCAAUUAACAACCAUAAACUGAUAUGCCUCUGUCUCUACGGUAUAGGUAAGCAAGUAAGGUACGAAAAUGAGGGGAAGCUCCAAAAGGGGCAAGGUCGUAAGAAAGUAAACUUAUUGAACCAGGUCUUGUGAUAGAUGUCCUCUCAAGGUUUAGUUUGCGAGAGAGAGAAAAAGCAUGUUGGACGUCAGUCAGAAGGAUCAUAAUCAAACGGGCAAGACAAAACAAUCGAAUUCCAUCCGACUCAAAGUCAAUGUUUCACAGACUCAGGCACACAAUCUGGACAAUCUCCCAACACUUAUGUUGGCUAUGUACAUCAUACUGAACUGUAUAACGGUUUAACCACACAGAUACGGAGACCCUUCCUGUCGGCCUAGUCUACAGUAUGCGUUUUGUGUAGACUACCUAGGUUAAGUCGCCCAAUCAUGUCAGAUGUCCCAGGUCAGGUAGAUACCGGCCCGUAGCCGGCCCCGCAUACAGGUAGACUACGCUCUCUCAACAACCAUGAUAACGAUGACUACGGCUACUGGAAACUCAAUAAUUCUGGGUUGAACUUUUCUUUCAGUAUUGAUGACAACGUCAAAGAGUCACAAUGGAUAAGGCAAGAAUCCUACUCGUCGGCUGUGGGGGAAUAGGCUGUAUAGCAGCCCUCAACCUCGAGACCGGAGGCCGGGCUGAGGUUACAGCUGUGCUGCGCUCAAGCUAUCAAAUAGUCAAGGAGCGAGGAUUCACCAUCAAUUCUGUAGAUUAUGGCCAAAUCCUUGGCUUCAGACCAACCGAGAUCCUACCAUCUAUUCCUGAUGGCUCCAAGCCCGGCAUCUCACCCUUUGACUACAUCAUCUGUGCCACCAAAAACAUACCAGUGAUCUCUACACCGGUGGCUGAUCUUAUACGCCCUGCCGUUACUCUCGGAUACACCACCAUCCUGCUCCUUCAGAAUGGACUUAACAUUCAAGUUCCUGUCCAGGAGGCAUUUCCGGAUAAUGUAAUUCUCUCUGGUAUCAGUAUGUGUGGUUCCUCGGAGCCCAAACCUGGCACCAUCCAACACAAUCUGCACGAUGAGCUGCGUAUUGGCCCCUUUGAAGACUUUGGCAACGCUGCUGAGAGAGCAAAGGAUCUUGUAGCACGCUUCAAUGCUGGAGGACGCUGCACUUGCCACUACGAUGAUAACGUCACCUUCUCUCGGUGGAGGAAGCUCCUCUAUAAUGCAGUUUACAAUCCAGUUGGUGCUCUGACAAGACUGGAUACUGGCGAUAUGCAGCUUUGUCCUGGCCUCGUCGACGAGGUUAUACGGCCUGGCAUGAAAGAAAUACAAGCUGCAGCCGCAGCUUAUGGACAGGAGCUUACAGAUGAGAUGAUAGAAGCAACGAUUGUGACCGAACCUGUUGAUGCCCAUGUAUCACCGAGUAUGUUGAUAGAUGUUAGAAAGGAACAGUACAUUGAGGUAGAAAACCUCCUCGGUGAACCACUUAGAGCUGCCCAGGCACGCCAAGUACCAACCCCGAUUCUUCAGAACCACUACUCUCUAGCAAGUAGUUAUCAGUGGAAGCUCCACAGCCAGAAGGAUAUUUCAGAGAUGAAAUGAUGUAGAAUGUUCAUCAGUAGUCCCGAAUAUGAAGUUUGCUUUGAGCUGUUCAAGAAGGAUAGCUCUGGUGUGAGUCCGAUCUCAUGUCAGCCCUUUUAAGAACCUGGCAUUUCCCAAGACACCGAAUCAAACUACCUUAUUCUAUCUAGUACCUACCUACGUAAGCAGUAUCCUCUACAAAAACUACCGUACCUCUACAGUCACUAGCCGUCACAUCGUUUGCACCUCUUAUCAGGAUCAAACAUCCCGCGAAGAAAAUCUGGCAACGAGAAGUCCAUGAGAAUCAUAGCCAGGACUCAGCCGGACCCGGAUUGUAGCAUUAAAAAGUUAUACUAUGAUAUAUCCUCCUUCGAGCAACGCACCCAUGCUGUUCAUUCCUUUCAUCUCUUAGUGAAGAAACAGAUAGAGGGAGAAAAAAAAGCACGUUCGCUCUGCCAAUACGCCGAUAUCUGCUCCAUCCGUUUCUUUCACUUGUCCCUUAUGGGCGCUGUCUACCAAGGUGUGAUGGAACCGGAAAGUGGUACUAUUAUUUCAUUUCAUCUGUUGUACAAUGCCAAACCGGGGCUGAAGAAGAAAUCGUCAUCGAGCUUAGUCCUGGUUGACAGUUUGCUGAAAACGUAGGUGUUAGCACCUCGAGAGUUGUACGGGGGUAAUAGCAAAACUCACCACAAGCCAGUCCAUGCCCUCAUUCACACCGCUGCCAUCGACCGCUGAGCAGGCCACGAUACUCCAGUUGCGGUCGCGGAGCUCGCCCAGACGCAGGGCCUCAGAAAUCUCACCUGCGCCCUUGGCUCCUGGCUGAUCCUGUUUGUUGGCAAAGACUAGCAGGGCCGCAUCCUUCAGUUCUUCCUCGUUCAGCAUGGCUGAGAGCUCCUCUGAAGCGGUGUGUAAUCGCUCGAUAUCGGUUGAGUCCACAACGAAGAUGACAGCUGCUGUGUUGGCGUAGUAGCACCGCCAGUAAGGUCGGAUGCUUGUUUGGCCGCCGAGAUCCUGCACUCGCCCGUAUCAGUAUUCCUGCUUCUGGCUCGUUCCGAGACUGGAGGAGGUCGAGAUCGUACCCAGACGUUAAAGUUCAGGUUCUUGUAUGUGACAGAUUCGACAUUGAAGCCAAUUGUAGGUAUCGUUGUGACAACUUCGCCGACCUUGAGCGCCUGUUAACAUGUAUCAAUGCGCGUGUAUGUCUGGAGGUCCGAACCUUGAGUCGAUACAGCAAUGUUGUCUUUCCAGCGUUAUCCUAUGAUGCCGCCUGGUUAGCGUCUCGGGGCUAUGCGAUCGAUAGUCGGAUAGACGUCAUCCUACCAGGCCGAGGAUCAAUAUUCUGAUCUCCUUUUUCGCAAACAGUAGGUUGGAGAACCAUGACAUUGAGUUUCCCAUGAUGAACAACUUGCGACGGCUUCGAAGCUCCUGUCUGUCUUGUCUGCUCCGCGACUUGGAUUGUUUCGAUACCUAGGUAGGUAGGUAGUUGGAUGGCUGUCAAGUGUUGGACACGGAUUAUAAGCUCGCUUAUCGUUAUUCGCAGCAACAAGUACAGUUUGUGUUUGCCUUAGUACCUUAGUCAACGAAGUAGAACAGCUAGAAAGUACGGAUACGGGAUACGUUGGGUAAAUUUAGGUAGAGGUCCCCUUUUCUGGACCUUUAAGUUAAUGCAUCUCGGCCUCUCAUGGAC